AUUUGCAUCGGGACUAUGAUGAGCCGAGGCAUGCGGCUAGUACUGAGGUUUGGCCCCUUCAAGGGCCUUCUCAGAGCCCCCAACCUCAGCCCCCAGAGUGUCCUGCACAGACACACUCCCAGGCUGGUUCCUGGAACAAGCUUCAGCUCAUCCACAGACACCUUGGUUUCCAGGUUCUGUCCAAAGAAUACAGACCUGAAGGAUUAUGCCUUUCCCAAUGCCAGUUGGAGCCCUGAAAUGAUGCGUUUGUAUGAGGAGCUUCUGGAAAAGACAAAGAAUGGGGACUGGGUCAAGCUUCCUUCAUUCAAGAGCAAUAGGGAUCACAUCAAAGGGCUGAAACUCCCAGGUGGAUUUAUAAGUGCAUCAGACAAAGAAGACUACCACAUUUUUACCAGGUGCAUUCUAAAGGAGGGAAAAGGCUUUGAGUACGUCAUUUUUUUCCACCCAUCCAAGAAGAAGUCCAUCUGUCUGUUCCAGCCAGGUCCCAAUCUGGAAGGCGCUCCAGGAUUUGCCCAUGGUGGAUCUUUGGCUGCCUUGAUGGAUGAGACAUUUUCUAAAACUGCAUACUUGUCAGGUCAGGGAUUGUUCACUCUAAGUCUCAACAUCAAAUUUAAAAACCUGAUCCCUGUGGGCUCUGUGGCCCUGCUGAAGGUGGAAGUAGAAAAGAUAGAGGACCAGAAGAUUUUCCUGUCCUGCAUCGCCCAGAGCCCUGACGAGCAGGUGCUCUUCGCCAAGGCUUCAGGGGUUUUCCUUCAGCUGGAAUUGGAAGAGGAAGAGUAACAGUAGCCAGUCCUCCCUGGCCACUCCUCACCUGAGAACAUUGAUCUGCCUUGCAAGGGGGUGGGAGGGAGAGGCAAGGGGAGGAGAGAGAGAGGAAGAGAGAAAGAGAAAGAGAGAGAGAGAGAGAGAGAAAUUCCUACAGCUCCAUCUAUCACCCAAAUCAUAGAAUCAAUACCCAUAGGCCUCUCUAUAUCUAGGAAUCAAAACUAUUGACUGGAGGUUCUGACCUGCUCAGCCCUCCAUUCCUGCUUCUUCCAAUCAUUCCUCCUGGUUUUAUGACCCUGUCCAAGGUGACUGGGCCAGGACAGUGCUGGCCAAUCCUGUCACUAUACCCAAGGGAGCCGACCUUUCUAGUUAGCAAAUAAUUUGCAUCCUAGGUCCCCUAGAGACCCGUUGUCUUGACCAGAUGGCAUCUAUAUGGUCAUACCCAACUAACCCCUAUGUAAUGCAAUCAAUUUUCAA